AUGUUGCUUCUAGUUUCAGCUUUUUUUCUAACACUACUACAGUGCUCUAAUGCCCAAGAGAAAACAAGCAUUACACCUGAAGACUGUAGUACCAUCGAAACAGAUGCAGGAGUGGCGCUGGAUUUGGUCAACAGACAUCGCAGAGAUGGCUAUGUUUUUGGCUUGUUCCGUGUUGCUGAUGCAUACAGACUACAUACAGGAAAUUCAUCAGUCCUCUACUUAACUUUGGAUGUGCUGGAAACUGAAUGCUCUGUAUUAUCCAGAAGACACUGGGAGUCUUGUGAAUACAGUGACACGUAUCCCAUGGACUUUGGGCAAUGUAAGAUUAUCACAUAUACAAGCCAGCUGCUGAAGAAACCUCAACUAUAUGGAUAUAAUUGUACAUUAAGUCCAGUUCCUCCUGAUUUGUUAGAGUGCAAAGAUUGUCCUGUGAAAGUUGAAGUCUUAGAAGUCACCAAGCAACAUAAAAAUAUUGCUGCAAAGGCCUUGCAGAAAUUCAACAGUGAGAGUAACCACACAAACUACUUCGAUGUGGACAAAGUUGAAAAGAUUUUAAAGAUGACUGCCUCCCGUGAAGGUCACUUUUUAGGAUUCUCUAUAAAAGAGACCAACUGCUCCAAAUCCACACACCAAGAAGAUCAGGCAUUGGAAUGUGAUUUUCUGGAUGACUGGCACGCUCAUGUGGGAUUCUGCAAGGCAAGAAUUAUCAGUGAUCCAGAUGAAUCUGAUGGAACAGACAUAAGCUGUGAAAUCUACCAUCCCUGGCAGCAUGACUACGGGAAAAGAUGUGGAUAUUCAGCUCUGGGACAGCCACACAGGCACCCCCAUCCCCACCAUCAUUUUGGUCAAAGACAUCGUCACAGACAUCACCGUGGGCAUGGAUGUCCACUCUCUUCUCAGUCCAAACCUGAAGACCCUGAGCAUAACCAUAGUUUCAGCGAAGAACAUCAAGACAGUCAUGAAGGACUUGAUCCUCCUCCUCCUCCCCACGGUGGACCACAUCACCACUUUCACCCUCCAUACCAUUGUCCUCCACCUCCUCCCUGUGGUGGACCACAUCACCACCCUCCUCCUCCUCCUCCUCCUCCUCCCCCCCACGGUGGACCACAUCACCACUUUCACCCUCCAUACCAUUGUCCUCCACCUCCUCCCUAUGGUGGACCACAUUACCACCCUCCUCCUCCUCCUUCUCCUCCUCCUCGUGAUGCAUCAUAUCCUCCUCCCCAAGACGAACCACAACAUUUCCCUUCUGCUCCUCCUCCCCAUGAUAAACCACAUAAUCCUCCUCUUAGUCCCUAUCAUGGACCACACUGUCCUCCUCCCCCUCCUCAUGGACCACAUCACCACCAUCCUCCUCCCUAUCAUGGACCACACUGUCCUCCUCCCCCUCCUCAUGGACCACAUCACCACCAUCCUCCUCCCUAUCAUGGACCACACUGUCCUCCUCCCCCUCCUCAUGGACCACAUCACCACCAUCCUCCUCCCCAUUGUGGACCACAUCACCACCAUCCUCCUCCUCCCCACGAUGGAACACAUCCUCCUCCCCAAAAGGAACCACAAUAUCCCCCUUCUGCUCCUCCUCCCCGUGAUGAACCAUAUCCUUCUCCCCAAGAUGAACCACAAAAUGCUCCUUCUGCUCCUCCUUCCCAUGAUAAACCAUAUAAUCCUCCUCUUGGUCCCUAUCAUGGACCACACUGUCCUCCUCCCCCUCCUCAUGGACCACAUCACCACCAUCCUCCUCACCAUCAUGGACCACAUUGGCCUCCUCAUGGACCACAUCAUCCUCCUCAUCUCUGUCAUCACUAUUACAGACAUCACUGCAACAAGACAAGCAUAUCCGGAAAGCACUUCCCAUUUCAAAUAACAGGAGCUGUCUAUCGCAUUCCAGUUCUAAAUCAGCAGGAUUCUCUCACACCUCCCACUGCAAACUUUUCUGAGCCAUCCCAAAGCAACUCUCACUCCUCCAGCACUGGUAAAGGCAUUCCCUUCACUGGCUCAAGUCUAAAGGAGAUGCUAGAAGCUUUGGGUUUUCCAGAUCACCCUACACAGUCAAAGUCAUGCCCAGGAAAACCAAAACUUACUCUUCCAAAAAUUUUGCCUUUGUUUCCACAUAGCUCCGUGGCAGAAAAUUCUCCUAUUUGA